CGUUUGCCGGCUGUGGACGCGUGCGGUCUUGCUCUUGGGAAGGAUCUCCCUGUCCGUGGAAAUUUCGCUUCGCGGGAAAAAUCUCGACUGUUGAGUGUUAUGAAACAAGAACAACGCACAGCAGGUCAACAGUUUUGCCUCCGGUGUGGGGUGUAUUGUGCCCGGGUGGGAAAUGUGUGAAAAGUGAUUAGUGGCAAGUUCAUUUUCUCCCCUUUUUGAAGGGAAGUUCAUCAUUUUGUUAUUGAGCUGCAUGUAGUGCAGAAAGCGAAGGAUACAACGGGGAUAUGUGACACACGUGGAGGUCACUCCCAACGAAAAGAAGACACAAGACAAGUUCGUUAGUUUCAGGAUACAUCCUGGUCAUUAAGGAGACGUGAAAUCAAUUUGGAUAUAACUCAAUACGAACGCUGGAUGCUAGAUGCUUGAAAGUUCGGAUCUCCGUCUGAAGUGGUUCUUUGGAAAAUCUGUGAAUACACAAUGUUGAAGAGUCAAGUGUGUGUAGUUCUCAACGGUAGUGAGCGACAACGAUGAUGAGAUGUGCAACACUUGAAGUCUGUCCCUCGGAUGUAAUACUGGAGAACCGGUUCGACUGUUGUUGAGUGAUUGAGUCGAUGAAUCUUGAGGAUGUAAAGUGGAGUAAACAAAUGUUGAAUAUCCUUCCAUGCUUGCUGUAGCUGCUUCUGGUUGACUUGCUGAGGAGAGUUGGGCGGAAUCACGGGAAACCACUUCUCUAAACACCGGCUCAUCAUCUCUUCGUAAGCCGUUUUCCACGCCGGAAAAGCAAAGCACACGCAUCGCAUCGUGUUGCUGCUCCGUAAUGAAGCUCGCUGUCUAAGCUGCCGGGGAAUUCCACGUGCGCGUCGAAUCUGUGCCUAAUUGGAUUUAUGAUGUUGUGAAUCGGAAUCUCCGGCGGUGAAACACGUGGUGCGCCGCGGUAUUACACGUGGUGUUGGAAGAGGUGGCUGCGCCGGGGGAAGCGUGUUUGUAAACGUAAAUCAUAAAUUACCACUGCAGAAUGGCAGCAGCAAAACCCAAUGUAAAUAUAAAUCAACGAAUUAACAUUCAACCCGUCAAAACAGCAUCCAACAAGGGCCAAUAAUAACCAGAAAACGGGAAGGAGGUGGGGUUACAAUCCCACCGUGGGUGAUUUAAAAGGUGCUAAAGGGGUGGGGAGACAGCCAGAGGGGGGGUUUGGAUCAACACAAACAAAUCCAUUCAAGAAGGGUGGUGUUACGGUGAAAAGUUUUCCCACUUUGGCCAGAAGUCGUUCCGUCGUUCGAAGAGUGUUUCCGGCGCAGUAAAGAAGAAGAAGAAAACCCGUUCGAAAUGGAUGGCAGGAACCGGCGGCGUCAGCUUGGCGGACCAUGUCACUGCCUCCGGCCGCUCAUUCGGAUUUGGGGCAUCAUCACGGCAAUCGGCCUUCGGUGCCGGCGCAGUGGUCAGCGGAGUCGGUGUCGACAUUAUGGUCCACGGUUACAGUGCAGGUGUCUACAUCAUUGUUGCCUCCGUCGUCAUAUUCAUCUUAGAAAUCAAGUGGCUUUUUACACUAUUCAUCCACCUGCUGUGCACAAGCAGCACCGACUACUCCACGGGUUGUCAAAAGUGUUGGAACGUGUGCCGAUUUUGCGGCGGCUGGCGACUUGCGCUGCCCUACGUGGCCCUCGGGGUCGCCCUCAUCAUCUGGCCGCACCGGCUGUGGCUGAGUCACGUGGCCGGUGGUCAGCUGAUAGCGUUGGCCCUGCUGCGGCUGCUGACGGUGUGUCAGUUUCGGGCCGGCGGCAAGGACGAGGAGCUGCUGAACCAGUUCGAUGAACACGUGGACAAGUACGACAACCUCACCGACGUACUGGUGGACGACUCGAUGCCCAAACCGGGCCAAAGCCUCGAGGACGAGGACGACGAGGACGACGAUGAUGAUGGAGAAGAGCACGCUGGCCGGCGGCGUAUCAACGGGACCAUUUGACACGGCCAACCGAGAACUGAGACGACGACGACGGAGAUAACUGGCAACACUGCUGACAGCACAGCAGUGGCAGCGAUUCGCAGUGCCAGCAAAAAAGUGAUCAGAAAAAAUAUGAACCAAAGCUACGAAAAGCUGGACGAGGACUGCGAUUGUGAUGUUAUCAAAUAGAACCGUGAUUGUGAGGUUGGUCACGGGCCGAGCUAGUAACGGGAGCGAAGAUUGUAGCGGAUAGUUUUGCAUAACAUUUGUAAAUAUUUUUCAAAACUUGGCAAACAUUAAUGUAUACAUACACACGGACACGUGCAGGCUUGUGGGAAGUUGUGGUUGAUUUGUGAUUACGGUGGCACUCGUGGGAGGAAGUCAAAUAGAAAAAAAAAACUUAUUUGAAAAAAGUAUUAUUUUAUUUCGUUUUUAUUUUUGAUAAUUUUGUACUGAAAAUGCAUUGAAAAUUAUUUUCCGUAUACACUCAAACCCCGAUGGUUUG